AUGGAUCGUCGGGACUCCACAGCCGCCACGGUAAUUGGUACCCAAGGAACCGUCUUUAGACAGCCCAAAGACUCUCUGCAGGACUUGCCUGCUGGAGAAUCAGUGGAAGCUACUUUCGAUAUUGCCAAGCUGUACGAUCUGAACGAGACUGGCGACUAUGAUAUUGACCUGUCUGGUUUCCUCGCGUACACAACCGAUGGCGGCAAGACUCUGGCCGGCUCUAUCCCAUAUGAGCUCGCACCUAUUCACACCUACAUUGAUGGCGUGGAGGCUGCCAAAAUUCUGGCUGCUCAGAUUGCCAAGCGAACAACCAUCGACUCUACUUGCAGCUCUAGUCAGACAGCUAUUCUCAAACAAGCAGGAUCUCGAUGCCUGACUCUUGCGAAUGCGGCGACCUCGGGCAUCACAGCCGCACGAAUGAACAAGUUUUUCAAGGUCAGCGAUGCUGCAAGCAUGAACUCGAUUAGACGCCUAUAUCAAGGGGUUAAGACUGAAUGCAACUUCGCCACUGGGGGCUUCACUGCAAAGUGUGGUUCGCCUCUAGCCUCGGUUUGCAAGGGCACCAUCUACGCCACUACGUACGGGUCUCAAAAGUACAUAGUCUUUUGCCACCGCUAUUUUAGUUCGGCUGUCCCACAGGCAGCUUCAUGCCGCUCUCUUGACAAAGGAAUGAGUCUCCUUCACGAAACCACCCAUCUUCCGCGCGUUCGGGGAACUGGUGACCAUGGCUACGGGUACUCUGCGUGUAUCGGAUUGUCUAGCAACCUAGCUUUGGAUAACGCGGACUGUUAUGCUUGGUUCGCACAGGAUACGCUUCUCGGUGGUUGCUAACUUGGUAGAUAGUUUGGGUAUAUUGGCAGCCUAUAACUGCAGGCAUAUAAGUCUUCUAUACGCUGUAGGAAUUAACGCUCCCUUUGUAUUUUAAAAUACGAUUGUUUUAAUGGUGCGCGGAUGCCUAGAAGGCGUUCCAUUUGAAAUACAAAAAAAUAACAACAAAGCUUGGAAUAUCUCGU